UCUCUUUGCACGCACUCGGACGAAGCUCAGAUAUUUUUGUUUCUCUUGCAAUUCAGAGAUUUCGAAACCCUAAUCCUAUUUCGCGAUCUAACCAGCUCUGCUCAGUUCUCAGUAUGGGAGAUGCUAGAGACAACGAAGCCUAUGAGGAGGAGCUUUUGGACUACGAGGAAGAGGACGAGAAGGUCCCAGAUUCUGGAAGUAAAGUUAACGGCGAAGCCGUGAAAAAAGGGUACGUGGGAAUACACAGUUCUGGAUUCAGAGACUUCCUUUUGAAACCGGAGCUUCUCAGAGCUAUUGUUGACUCAGGAUUUGAACAUCCAUCUGAAGUGCAACAUGAAUGUAUCCCUCAAGCUAUCUUGGGCAUGGAUGUUAUCUGCCAAGCAAAAUCUGGUAUGGGAAAGACUGCUGUGUUUGUGCUUUCGACUCUACAACAGAUCGAGCCAUCUCCUGGCCAGGUUUCUGCACUUGUCUUGUGUCAUACAAGAGAGCUAGCUUACCAGAUCUGCAAUGAGUUCGUGCGAUUCAGUACCUAUCUGCCUGAUACAAAGGUUUCGGUGUUCUAUGGUGGAGUCAACAUUAAAAUUCACAAAGACUUGCUGAAGAAUGAAUGUCCUCACAUUGUUGUUGGUACCCCUGGUCGGGUGCUUGCACUCGCCAGGGACAAAGAUCUCUCUUUGAAGAAUGUGAGGCAUUUUAUUCUUGACGAGUGUGAUAAAAUGCUCGAGUCACUUGAUAUGCGGAGGGAUGUGCAGGAGAUUUUUAAGAUGACUCCUCAUGACAAGCAAGUAAUGAUGUUCUCAGCUACGCUCAGCAAAGAGAUACGUCCAGUCUGCAAGAAAUUUAUGCAAGAUCCAAUGGAAAUAUAUGUUGAUGAUGAAGCCAAGUUGACUCUUCAUGGACUUGUCCAGCACUACAUCAAACUGAACGAGAUGGAGAAAAACCGCAAGUUGAAUGACCUUCUGGAUGCAUUGGACUUCAAUCAAGUUGUCAUAUUUGUGAAGAGCGUGAGCAGAGCUGCGGAGCUGAACAAGUUGCUGGUGGAAUGCAAUUUUCCCUCAAUAUGUAUCCACUCUGGCAUGUCUCAAGAAGAGAGAUUGACUCGCUACAAGAGUUUCAAGGAAGGGCACAAGAGAAUACUCGUGGCGACUGAUUUGGUAGGAAGAGGCAUUGACAUUGAGCGUGUCAACAUUGUUAUCAACUAUGACAUGCCGGAUUCUGCAGAUACAUAUCUUCACAGGGUUGGUAGAGCUGGUAGAUUUGGAACAAAGGGUCUAGCAAUCACAUUUGUUGCAUCAGCCUCAGAUUCUACUGUUCUUAAUCAGGUACAAGAGAGGUUUGAGGUUGAUAUAAAGGAACUUCCUGAGCAGAUUGACACAUCUACUUACAUGCCGUCUUAAAGUAGUCUUCGUCUCUCAGGAGCACCUCUUCAUACACGACCUUGUUGGUGUUCGAAGGGGUCACAUGGAGGUUCUCCACUAUCCUUGCUCCGAUUGUUGCUGUUUUAGUCUUUUACGAGGACAAAUUUGUUUUCUAUAUGUUAAGACAGUCUGUGUACUAAACAGAAAGAGAUCUGAGUUAACUCUCCAAAUCGCACUGUUAAAAUCUGUCCUGUUUUUUGUACAAGAGAUGAUUAUGUUUUAAGACCUCAAGAUUUAGAGAGCAAGUUAGUAAGUCCUCUGAGUUGAUUAUGUUUU